UAAGUUGGUUGCACUGUUACUUGUCAAAUUUUAAUGUAAUGGGCGAUUAAAAGUAAUUCGCUUUUCUACACAAUAAAAAGUGCUUUUUUUGAUAUUAAUUACACGUUUUUGGUAAAAUUAGUGUUUCGUCGUGUUUUAUUUGUAUAUAGUUGACAGAAACGAGACAAAAUGGCAGCCACUAGGAGGUUACAAAAAGAAUUGGGAGACAUCCGAAAUUCCGGUUUAAAAUCAUUCCGGGACAUUCAAGUCGACGAAACCAACAUCCUCACCUGGCAAGGUCUCAUAGUUCCGGACAACCCCCCGUACAAUAAGGGCGCAUUUAAGAUAGAGAUCAACUUCCCCGCCGAGUACCCCUUUAAGCCUCCCAAAAUCACCUUCAAAACGAAAAUCUACCAUCCGAAUAUCGACGAGAAGGGCCAAGUGUGUCUCCCGAUUAUCAGCGCCGAGAAUUGGAAACCGGCCACGAAAACCGAUCAAGUGAUUCAAGCAUUGGUGGCGCUGGUCAACGAACCGGAGCCCGAGCACCCCCUUCGCGCCGAUCUCGCUGAGGAAUACAUCAAAGACAAGAAGAAAUUCACCAAAAAUGCCGAGGAAUUCACGAAGAAACACAGCGAGAAGAGACCGACGGAUUAAGUGACACCAAACUGUGAUUUUACUUUCUUUUCAAACAUCCACGAUGGCUUUUAGACCCUCAAGGGGGUCACAUUUUUAUUUUUAUUAUUAAGUGAGUGGACUAAAUCGUGGGAUAGAUUAUUUAAUUGCUAAAUGCUUAUGUAACAUAAAUAUCAAUAAAGAUUACUUUCAUUCA